CCCAUUUUAGACCUCCGACACAAAAUGUCCGAGCCCAGCAAGAAAACUGGCAGAAUCACCCUUUAUUUGAUUCUGUCUCUGGCCUCAGUGUCCGUGCUGUCUCUGGUGACUUUUCUCAUCCUGGCGGUGAAAUGCAUCAGGGGCAGCAGAAGCAGCGGGAGCUGCUGCAUGAGAAGGAGCGACUGUGAUGAUUACAAGAACCCCAACAGAAACCUGCAGAUUCAGCUCAACACUGACGGACCUAUAAAAUACGUGGAGGUCCUGGGAGGAGACAUGAUGUCUCAGAGUCAGUCGUUCAGGUCCUGCAUGUCUCCGAUGUCAGAGUACAGUGAUUUCACAUUGAUCAAACCCAGCAGCACCAGCAGACUUUAAAGAAGUCAUCAGUGUUCUGGACGCGUCUUUACCCGACAGCACCUGGACCUUUGAGAGCCAGCAGGUGAGCACAGCAUGACAUUAAAGGUAACUUAGACAGGUUCAUAACAACAUAACUCAAAACGUAGUCAAACGGAUAUUUACUCCUGUUUGGAAAUUCAGAAAGGACAUGUCAGUUUAUUGCAACAUAUUGGAAAAUUGAAAUCAUAAAUGUUGAAACUAACUUAAUAUUUUUGUCAACCAUGAAUCUUUUUGGUGUGCUACCGGCUGACAAUUUAUUCUUCAUAAUACCUGCAUGAAAAUGGGGGAAAUGGUGAGAGCUACUUGAUGUUUCAGCACCAGCGUGUGGACAGCGACACGCUGGAGGACACAUUGUUGAACAUAACCCUUUUAGGAGCGAGUCUGUCUGUCUGUCUCUCUUUCUGUCUGUCUGAGCCUUAACCAAUCAUACCGUGUUCCUCCCUAUGUUACCAAUAUUUGUUCAUAAGAGAUGCCGUGAUCACUUUCAUCAUUGAAAUGAUUGUAUUUACUCCAAACUGACAGUAUAGUGUGAUUUCUCUAACAGAAUAUUUUAUGCUACUUUGUGUGUGUGGUUCAUUUAUCGAUUUAAUGCUGGUUCAGCUCUGUUUGGUUUAAACGAAGCUUCAGUUGGAAGCUCAGUUAGGCACUGAAUGCUGUCCCUUUAAGAGCGUUGAUCUGACAGCUUCUCAUUGGAUGUUGGAGAGGGAUUUCGUGGACCAAUAAGAUUUUGAACUGUACAAAGCAAUCCACUCCCUGCCCCCAUAGCGCUGUAACAGAGUGAACUGAGCUCAACAAGAGAGAAAUAAGCAGCCUUUUCAUUCAGCUAAACAUGAGAUUCAUCUUAAAGGCACGAUCAGAAGGUGUAUCAUUUUGCAAAGGGAGACAUAUUUUCUUCAAACAUCGCGGCAGUAUUCCUCUAAACCGGACUCUGAUGGAAAUUUACGUCAUAUAGCGGAUCAAGGAUGACAAAGAGAAAAGGAAAUCGGGGCUGGAGAUGGCUGGCUCUUUGGUGGCAUAAUUUUUCCCUUUUUUGCAGUACAAUAGAUGCACAGAAUCGCUACAGCAUCCCGGAGGAACUAAAACAGGGAUCGGUGGUUGGAAGUCUUGCCAGAGAUCUAGGGUUGGGAUUAUCGGACAUUUUUGACCGUAAGAUGCGCCUUGCCUCUGAUGCUGGUGAGCAGUUUUUCAGCGUGGAUGUGGGGAAGGGCGAACUGAUCGUGAAAGACAGAAUAGACAGAGAGGCUUUAUGUGGACAAAGCGCCAGCUGCGUUCUACCCCUGCAGAUAGUUGUUGAAAAUCCUUUGCAGUCUCAUCGGAUUGAAGUGGAAAUAACAGACAUUAAUGACAAUUCUCCGAGUUUUCCUACGCAGGAAAUUAACCUUAAAAUACCUGAGUCCGUGCUUGUCGGAAAACGCUUUCCUUUAGAAAGCGCUGAGGACUCUGACGUUGGAAGUAAUUCUUUAAAAUCAUACUCCCUGAGCAAAAAUGAUUAUUUUUCUUUAAAGUUUAAACAAACAAAAAAUGGACAAGCUGUCCCGGAAUUGAUGUUAGAGAAACCAUUAGACAGAGAAAAGAAUGCUGUACAUCAGUUGUUACUGUCGGCAUUAGAUGGAGGAAAUCCGGCUAGGUCAGGAACCUGUACAAUUACAAUCACUGUUCUCGACAAUAACGAUAAUUUUCCAGUUUUUAGCGAAAAUGAGUACAAGAUUUCUUUAAAGGAGAACAGCACUAAAGGGACAUUUGUUAUCAAAUUGACAGCCAUCGAUGCUGAUGAUGGUCUUAAUGGUGAAGUGACUUAUUUAUUUGGGUCUCGUACUCCACAGUCUGUCCUAUCGACAUUUGAAAUCAAUGAUGAAAGCGGGGAAAUGUUGUUAAAAGGUCCUCUAGAUUAUGAGACAAGUAAAUCGUACCUUAUCGAUAUAAGUGCUAAAGACAAAGGGACUCCGGAAAUGGAGGGACACUGUCGUGUCCAAGUUGAUGUUGAGGAUAUAAAUGAUAAUGCUCCAGAGAUUGUGCUCACUUCUAAACCCAGUCCCGUACGCGAGGACGCUCCCCGUGGAACAGUGGUAGCUUUGAUAAGCGCACGAGACGGUGACUCGGGUGAUAACGGAAAAGUGGUGUUACAUCUCUCAAAGAGGUUUCCGUUCACCCUAAAACCUUCGUUUUCUAAUAACUAUGAACUGCUGACCAACGGUCCGCUAGACCGUGAGAAAAUUUCACAGUUUGAUAUCGAAUUAAAAGCUUUUGAUUCAGGUUUUCCUCGUCUAUCCAGUAGUACAAUUAUAGCUGUUAGCAUCAUUGAUGUGAAUGACAACCCGCCUGUUUUUACCCAGUCCUUUUAUAAUGUGUAUUUAAAAGAGAACGGAGUCCCGGGAUCUAUACUUUAUUCAGUAUCAGCAUCUGAUCUGGAUUCUGGUGAAAACGCAAAGAUCUCUUACUCCAUACUGGACUCUAAAGUGCAGGACGUCUCUGUCUCGUCUUAUGUUUACAUUAACUCAGAUAACGGGAGCAUCUACAGCAUGCACUCGUUUGACUAUGAGAAGCUGAAAGUGUUUCAGAUUCAGGUUCAGGCAAAGGACCAGGGCUCUCCCUCUCUCAGCAGCAACGCCACUGUCCAUGUUUUCAUCCUGGACCAGAACGAUAAUACCCCUGCUGUUAUUUACCCCUCCUCCGCUGCCCUGGGCUCCCUCUCUCAUCAGAGAAUGCCUCGCUCCGCUAAAGCGGGUCACCUGGUUACCAAGGUAACGGCCGUGGACGCUGACUCGGGCCAUAAUGCCUGGAUCUCAUAUAGACUGGCGGAGGCCACAGACACCUCUCUGUUCACCGUCAAUCAGUACACAGGAGAGGUGAGGACUAAACGCGCUGUGUACGAGCAGGACGACUCCUCUCAGAGGCUGCUGAUAGAGAUCAAGGACGACGGGCAACCGGUUCAGUCCGCCACCGCCACGGUGUCCAUCCUACUGGAGGACGGUCUCCAUGAACCCAUUUUAGACCUCAGACACAAAAUGUCCGAGCCCAGCAAGAAAACUGGCAGAAUCACCCUUUAUUUGAUUCUGUCUCUGGCCUCAGUGUCCGUGCUGUCUCUGGUGACUUUUCUCAUCCUGGCAGUGAAAUGCAUCAGGGGCAGCAGAAGCAGCGGGAGCUGCUGCAUGAGAAGGAGCGACUGUGAUGAUUACAAGAACCCCAACAGAAACCUGCAGAUUCAGCUCAACACUGAUGGACCUAUAAAAUACGUGGAGGUCCUGGGAGGAGACAUGAUGUCUCAGAGUCAGUCGUUCAGGUCCUGCAUGUCUCCGAUGUCAGAGUACAGUGAUUUCACAUUGAUCAAACCCAGCAGCACCACAGACUUUAAAGAAGUCAUCAGUGUUCUGGACGCGUCUUUACCCGACAGCACCUGGACCUUUGAGAGCCAACAGGUGAGCUAAAA